UGCUCACAAACAUGUGGCUCCCGUGCCUUUGUGGGCCCAGAUGGCCGGUCAUACAGAUGGAAGAUGAGCCUGUCGUGGCAUCUUGACGUGGACGGGGCGCAACCCAUGACUGUCGCUAAAUAUUAUUGGGCAAACAUCUUGAGUGGCAAGAAGGCAAGGCUGGAGGUUGACGCGUCCGCGCUGGAUAUUCUGGAUCUCAUCGUCAUAACGUGGAUCUACAUGGAGAAGACUUAUAGAGACCAGGGUGGGGUCAGUGUUGCGUCAGCGGCCGCGUAACGCAGAAGCAUGGCAUGCGAUACUAGGCUGGAGCCUGAAGAGGCCGCUUGUGAUUCUGUAUAUCAGCAUGUUACAUAUGUACCUAACAGCGAUUAUGGAAGCUGGCAAACCUGCUCAUCGACCAUGCCGAC